AUGCGGCUCCUCUUCAGCAUGGGUCCCCAGCCAUCCAUCUCCAACUCGGAGGGGGACCUCCUGUUCCUGCUGGACAGCUCUGCCAGCGUCUCCCACUACGAGUUCUCCAAGGUCAAGGAAUUCAUGUGGGACCUCCUGCGCCCUUUCACCUUCGGCCCCAGGGACGUCCAGACCGGCAUCAUCCACAUCAGCACCACGCCCACCAUGGAGUUCCCCUUCGACCGGUACCCGAGCAGCGGCGCCCUGCGAAAAGCCAUCGGCGCCACGCGGCAGCUCAUGGGCGACACCAACACGGGCCAAGCGCUGGCCUUCGCCAAGGAAAAGCUCUUCAGCGGCGAGGCCGGCGCCCGGCCCGACGUGCCCAAGGUGCUGGUGUGGGUGACGGACGGCUUCUCCACGGACGACAUCUCCGAGCCCAUGCGGCUGCUCAAGGACCUGGGCGUCACCGUGUUCAUCGUCAGCACCGGCCGCGGGAACUUCCUGGAGCUGUCGGCGGCCGCCAGCCAGCCCUCGGAAAAACACCUGCACUUCGUGGACGUGGAUGACCUGCCCAUCAUCACCCAGGAGCUCCGGGCCGGGAUCCUAGAUGCCAUCCAGGCCAACCGGCUCCACGCCACAGACGUCACCUCCAGCAGCUUCCGCCUGACGUGGCCCAAGCUGCUGUCCCAGGAAACCGGCUACUACAGCCUGGAAUACGGCCCGAGAGCGCAGCCGGCGAGGAAGAGCACGCGGCAGGUGUCUGGGGCUCACACCAGCCUCGUGCUCAGCGACCUGGCACCAGAAACCACCUACGAGGUGGCUCUGAUCCCUGAAUCCAACGUGCACUACUUCCCCCCGCAGACCACCAGCGUGACGACGCUGGCAGAGGAAAUCAGCCCAGUUCAGGUCCUGAUCUCGGAGUCUGGGCCUCACAGCUUCCACGUGAGCUGGGCUCCUGUGCUGGACAGCGUGGCCACCUACCAGGUCCUGUACGGGCCCCUCCCAGGGAACUCGGUGAAGGUGCUGCAGGUGGAUGGGAGGCACAACAGCACCGUGGUGGAGCACCUGGCCCCCAACAGCACCUACCUGGUGACAGUGACCGCCAUCUACAGAUCCGGGAAGGAGAAAUCCCUGUCGGCCAAGGCCUGCACCCAGGAAGAGAGCUCCAGGGUGAGGCACCUCCGCUUCGAGGACGCGGGUCCCAACAGCCUGAAAGCGUCCUGGGACUCGGCGGACGGGGCCGUGCUGGGGUACCGGGUGCGCUGCCGGCGGCACAGCGGCCCCUCCUCGGUGCUCAGCGUGUCCGCCGAGGUGCGCAGCGUGCUGCUCACCGACCUGCCCCCGGGCACCGCCGGCAAGGUGUGUGUGCAGCCCGUGUACGGCAGCCGGCCCGGCAGGAGGCUCUGCCGCACCCUGCGCAGGCAGCCAGCUACUGAGGCCCAAGGAUACAGGCACAGACAGAGAGCGUGACAGCCUGGAGCCAGCUGAUUCCCCGCAGAGCAAGGGAUCUUGCUUGGACAAGGACUUGGACAAAAAAGGAGGAGUCAGGGGAGGAGAACACCUCACCUCCCAGCCUGCGCUGUCCCUUGAGGUGUCCUGCGUGUCCAGCCCAAAGCUUGUCCCCAGCCAAGUUCUCCCAGAGCUUAAAGGCUUGGCCUGGCAGGAUGGAAGAACCAAUCUGACUAAAAGAUGCCAAAUCUGUUCUCACCUCAUAAAAACACGCCUGACAAAUUACAAACAGGAGGCCAGGUGGUGGAUCCUCACUAUUGCUUGCUUGCUGCCUGCUCUCUAUUUAUUAAAGGUCGAUCCAGAUUUAUUUUUGCAGCUUAUGAGCGCACUCAGGGCUGGACUGUUCGGUGCCCUGGCCGUUCACCCAGGGAAAGAUUCCACGUGGCCAAAUCCGUUCCUGCUGCCAACAGCCAGGGAACCUGGAGUGUGAGAGAGCAGGAAACCCAAAAUCCUGGGAAUGUGCUUCCCCAGCAGGUCCCUCCAGGGCUCUCAACCCUCAGCUGAGCUCAAGGAGCAGCUGAGAGUCCAGAAAAGCCAGACAAGACCACCGAAAGCACUUAUUUUUGUUUCUGUGGGCCUGCCUGGGUCAUCACCACUGCAUUGCUCUGGCAUUCCUGCCAACCCCUUUUCACCAAAUGGGAGUCCUGCUGUCCUCGCGGAGAUUAAUUAGCCGGUCCUGUGGUUAAUUACAGGCAAUAAGUCUCCAGCACUCUGCACUCUGAACACACAGAGCACAUCUCUGGUGUCUUGUCCUUGUCCUGGGCUUCCACCCGGUGCUAAGCUUGAGCUACGCUUAAAAAUCAGGGGUUUUAAGGGAGAAGAGUAAAUCUGAUUCUUUCCCUUUGGUGCCAGGCUUGAACUCGCUGUCACUAAGCCACUGUGGAAAGGGGAGCUGCAAAAAAAAAAAAAAAAAAAAAAGGCAAAUUAAUUAUAAAUACCUAGUGACCAAGCAAAUGGUUUCAAAGUUCAGGGCUUAGGGCUGUAAAGGAAUGUAGAUACUUCUCUGCUAAACCCCAGCAUGAGUGGGAACACCCUCCCUCAGUAACUCUUGCUCUGUUUUAAGUUUAUUGCUUAUUUGUCCUACAUGUGGAACCUGUUUCUGAAGCCGUGCUGUUUGUUGGAGAGCCCCACGCAGCCUCACAAACCCUUCUUAAAAACGGCUUAAAACUGCUCCUCUCGGAGCUGAGAGGAACUUUUAUCCCUGACUUUGUCUCCUGAGAGCUGAAUCCUUCAUCUGCACGUUUCUGGAGCGUUUUCCUGGGGCUGCCUCGUUCAGGAGAGGGGGAAGGAAGGGAGGUGAGUCAUUCAUUAACUCUGUAAAGAGAUUUUCACAUGAUUUGUGUCCUCCUUCGGAAUGUGCCUUUGUGACUGAUUAAUCUCAGCGCUGAAGGGGGGCCAAAGCCCCUGGAACUGCUCAUGCAAUAAGAUGAUUUUGUUUGUUCUCGCUGUAGGACAGAAAUUAAGUUUGCACAACUCCCUGCAUAGUUUAUUAAUACAUUAACGUGUCAUCCCCCCCUUCAGUUGUAACACACCCUUUUGGAAGACAAUUAAAUAUAAAUACAAGAGCUGCU